AUGACCUGGCGAUGCCCCACUUCUGUGAGAUCCUUAAAACUGCACCGAGCUUUGCAUGUGUGGCGCCAGCCUGACCAGAUCCACUUCCAUGCCGCCCAUUCUGUGCUCAAGCCUGGUUGUGGGCUCCAUAGACGCGAGAAAUCGCGAAGUGUUCCGUUGCUUGCUGAAGUCAUCCAAAACAUGAAGCGCCUCUUUGCCACGUUGCUCCUCACAGCUUCCGCCAUUCGAGACACCGAGACGGGCUUCCGCGCGAUGGUUGAAGCGAACUCGUUUUUUGAGUGUGAUGGAUGCUUUCCUGCUUGCUUUGCAUGGCUUUCCUGGAGCGCGACUUCCGCUGCGACGCGGACGCCCAUUCGAUCGUUGGAGCGCACGGCGAUUCAGACCUUCGACGAUGAGGAUGAGAAGUUCAUCCGGAUGUUGAUCAACAUGUGUUGGGGUGGCGAAGAAAAGCUGUCCAGCUGCAUUCGCAACGGAUGCAACAAGAAGUGGAAGGCCAGCGAGUACCAGGUCAUCGUGAUCCAUAGUGGGCACACAGACAUUUCCACCACCAUUCGGGAUGAAGAUGAGAUGGUCAGCUUUGAACUCUUUCCGAAGGACGGCAAUACAAUUGAUAUCCACAUCUUCUGCAAAGUCUGA